AUGCUGUCGCCGCUCAUCGACGUACCCCUGGAGGCCCUGAACCAGAUGAUCCUGGAGCUGGAUCCUACCUUCCAGCUGCGCCCACCGGAGCCUGGCAUCACUUCAGCGGGCCAGGCCACCAGCCAGGCCCGGAAACCCCAGGAAGCUGAGGCAGGAGGCAUCAAGUACGCCGAGGUGACAUCACCCCGACCCCGCUGCCAUGAGGCCACCCCACGAUCCGACCCCACGGCCACCCCGCUCUGCCAUUCCCCGCGCCGGACGGGCCUCCUCCUCUCCCGGGAGAACCUCACCACCAACGGCAGCGUCAUCUUCUCUGGGAGCCAGAGCGGGCCCACCCUCCAUAAUCCCCCUCCUCGUCCCCCGCCCACCGGGACGGUGCCCCCCAUCCGGCAGCCCACCUCCCCGGGCAUCGCCAUCCCCGGCCCCGGGAGGCAGGAGGCCAGUUCUCGAGGGUCCGGCUCCCUCCUGGCCGCCUCUCCGGGCUUCGAGCACGUGCUGAGGGCCCAGCAGAGAGCCAGCGGGGCCUCCGUCCUGUCCAGCAGCCCCGGGUCGGACACCAGCUAUAGCCUGGGCAGCCCCCAGACUGUCCUGCCCAGCGGCUCCCCCGGCCUCCAGGCCCUCCGCUGCUCCCUCUCCAGCCUGCCCAGCCUCCGCAUCCGUCCGGGCUCCUUCGGCAUCCCGACCCCCGAGACCCUGACCCCCAGCCCAGCCCCGGCGAGCGGGCCCUCUCCGCUACCGAAGGCCCACGCCAGCAGCUGCCCCCCAUCCAUCGCCAACUCCAUGAUGGACAUCCCCGUGGUCCUGGUCAAUGGCUGUCUGGAGCCAGGGGCCGCAUCCCCGCAGCGAAUCCAACUGCACCUCAGCCCUUCCGGGACCCCCGCCCACCUCUCCGGCUCCAGCAAGGCCUCUUCGGACACCUCGCUGUCCGGGGGCACGGACGGUCCCAGCAGGGAAGCCCAGCCCACCAUGAAGUUUGUGAUGGACACAUCCAAGUAUUGGUUCAAGCCCAGCAUCAGUCGUGACCAAGCCAUUGAACUGCUGAGGAGCGAAGAGCUGGGGACCUUCGUCAUCCGGGACAGCACCUCAUAUCGGGGCUCCUUCGGGCUCGCCAUGAAGGUGCCGGAACCAGCACCGCCGCCUGUCUCCCAGAGCCGGAAAGAGGAGGAGAGUGGCGACCAGAUCCGACACUUUCUCAUCGAAUCUUCCGCCAGAGGGGUGCAUCUGAAGGGGGCUGGAGAGGAGCCUUAUUUCGGGAGCUUGUCUGCCUUUGUGUACCAGCACGCCAUCAUGUCCCUCGCAUUGCCCUGCAAGCUGGCCAUCCCUAGGAAAGAUUUUGGCAGUGGAGAAGGGACCACCACCCCGCCUGUGGACAGGGGGACCGUUCAGCUGAACAGAUCUGCCGCCUGCAACAUCCUCUACCUGAACUCGGUUGGCGUGGAGACCCUCUCCGGAGCCCUGGCCGUGCGGAAAGCCGUCUCCGCCACCCUCGAGCUGGAGACCCUCCCCGUCCCCGCUGCGGUCCACUUCAAGGUCACCGAUCAAGGCAUCACCCUCACGGACAUCCAGAGGAAGGUGUUCUUCCGACGCCAUUACCCCCUCGCCACCCUCCGCUUCUGUGGCCUGGAUCCAGAGCAGCGGAAGUGGCAGAAAUACUGUAAAGCAGCCAGGAUCUUCGGUUUCGUCGCCAAGAGUCAGACAGACGCGGCCGAGAAUGUCUGCCACCUGUUUGCCGAGCGCGACCCGGUCCAGCCAGCAUCCCUGGUCAUCGACUGCGUCAACUCCCUGCUGCCGGACCUGGAGAAGAUGUAG